CGCUGUCUCUGACAGAAAACACUCUGGCGGUUGUGAUGUUAAGCUCCUGCUCCAACUCUCAUCUCUGUGGAUUCACACCUGUUCAGAGCGUCGUUUCCUCUGUCGUCUUGGCAUCAAAGGGACUCUUGGCUCAACCAACCCACCAUAUGCAAGUUUCAAGGGGGCUGGGAUGGACUGUUUGAUCCUGGGGGCUGGUGACACUGAAGCCCUGGUGAGAUGUCCCUGAGUGGCAACGAGAGCCAGCGUUCUCCGUCAGCGACAGCUCUGCCUUUGCCCUUCAACAGCUCCACCUCUCCACAUUCCCUGCCAUGGGAGGAGGGAAGAAUUACUCAUGAUUCUGCGCAGGAGUGGCUGGGGAAUACGACCCAGCUCCUCUCAGACCUUGCUGUUCUUGGGCACGAUGAGCAGUGCCCUAUGUCUUCCCUCCUCACAGCGUGUCUGGUCGUGUGGUACAGCAUGACAAUGGUGCUGGGGCUGAUGGGGAACAUCGGCCUCAUCUGCAUCAUUGCCCGACGCAGAGAAAAAGUCAAUGUCACCGGCAUUUUCAUCUGCAACCUGUCAUUCUCUGACAUCCUGGUCUGUGUCUUCUGCCUCCCCUUCACUGUCAUAUACACACUAAUGGACCACUGGGUUUUUGGGUCACUGUUAUGCCGGCUGGUGCCGUUCAUCCAGUGCAUGUCUGUGACUGUGUCUGUGUUGUCUCUGGUGUUCAUUGCUCUGGAAAGACAUCAGCUCAUCAUUAACCCCUCUGGGUGGAAACCGAGCAUUCCUCAGGCCUACAUGGUUGUCGGUCUCAUUUGGAUUCUGGCCUGCUUCACCUCCUCCCCUUUCUUGGCCUUCCAGCUGCUCACAAGUGAGCCCUAUGCCAAUGUGAUUCUGCCCGAGUCCCAGCUCCAUCAUCAAGCUUCUCCUCAGACUUAUCUCAAUGCAUCUCCACCUCAACCUGUUUCCUACACAUACAAAAACUCAUCCUCACUUCCAAAUUCAUACCGCACCCUUUUUUCUUAUGUCCCCACCUCUCCACAUAUGGAGGCCUGUCUCGAGCACUGGCCCUCCCAGCAGCACAGGCUGGCUUACACCACAUGGCUCCUGCUGUUCCAGUACUGUGGUCCACUGUUGUUGGUCCUGCUCUGUUAUGUCAGGGUUUUUGUGCGCCUUCGCCACCGCAAAGACAUGCUGGACCGUGCCAGGACCCCGGAGAGCCAGUGCAUGAGCCACAGCCGUCGAAUCAACAUCAUGCUGGUCGCACUCAUAACAGCCUUUGCUCUUUGCUGGCUGCCGCUCACCAUCUUCAAUGUGGUGUCAGACUGGAACCAGGAGGCUCUGCCUAUCUGCCACCACAACCUGCUGUUCUCCCUCUGCCACCUGCUGGCCAUGUCCUCCACCUGCAUCAACCCCAUCAUCUACGGCUUCCUCAACUCCAACUUUCGGCAGGAAGUGAGAGAGGUGCUCCUGCACUGCCGCUGUAGCCCGCUAGAGGAGGAGUGUGAGCGUUUCCCCAUGUCCACUGUGCACAUGGAAGUGUCCCGGACCUCUGUGCCUCUCAACUGCAGGAGCAACUCUGUUUGACUCUCUGUUGAUAUUAGAAAGGAUACUGCUUAAGUAGAAUAAAGUCCCAUAAACUGUACAGUUGUAAGACUAACUUCUGUUGUGCGAUAGUUUUGACUGUGGUAUUAAGUGCAACAUUUUUGUGUAUGGUUUGAAGUGAAGUGUACAAUGUUGGUAUAUCUUAUUCUGCAGUGAGGAGUGUGGUAAUGUAAAAAAAAAUCUGUUUCAAAGAAUGUGUCAUUUCAAGCUUGUCUGUGGCUGUAUCCCUAUUAGAUGCUUAAUUGUGUACAUUAUGUACUACAUACUAUACUGUUUUUUUUGCAGUAAGUAUACAAGAAAAUCAGUAUAUUUUACCAUUGUAUACUAAUAGGAAGUGAUCAAAUGUAUGCCCAGUUGGACCUCACUUAAACUGUGACUUUAGAAAGCUGCCGCCCCACCAUGAUCAUCCAAACACCACAUGAGGAAACAUCUUUUUGAAUAAAGGUGUUCAUUCUUCCAGUUGAGUUUCAGAGACUUAAGCUGUUCUCAAGGCCUGUGUUGGACCAACAAAAUAUUAAGAGACUUUCCUGUGUGCUGGUUUUUGAAG